CUGGCAAAGUCUUCGGUAGUUAAAUAACUGAUAAGUUCCCGUCAGCAGCCAUAAGUUUUAAAACUAAAAUUAUGCAUCUUAAAGCUGUUUUGACUGUGUUUUCUGUCCUAUUCCUGGCGUUGGUGGCUGGACAAAAUCGGAACUGCGAUGAAUUGACCCGGAGGUGUGAACGCUGCGUGGCACAAUUGAAUAAUGUAGUCGAUCGUACCCUGCCCAUCCUCAAUAAUGAGUGCAGAGUUAGGACUCGAAACACCUGGCGUUGGAGGAAUGUGGGGCGUUGUGAGCUCACCAGGCUGAACUGCUUGGGAUCUGAUCGACGCAUGAAUUGUAUUGAUAUUGCUGAACUCGCUGGGAUGGAUCGUGUUAGUGAAUAAAAUGUUUGCUUAUUGAUUUGUAAUAAAAACAGCAGAGAGCAUUGAAGUACCAACAUGAA